UGCAGUGGCUCACCAUCUCAAUUUCAACCGAGUGCCCGUCACAGUUCCUCUCCCACAAACCACACUGGGAAUCUGCCAUGGCCAUGAUUCAUCAUUCCCAAACCGCAAGCCGACGUUCUGAGCUGUGUUUAUCACUCCAUCCUGGAGGCUAUCGCUCUGAGCAUUCAUCAUUCAAUCAAACAAGCCCAUUGCUUCUCUGACACCGAUGUUCAAUGGUAACUUCCGGUGAUGAUCGAGAUCCAGGGAAGACAGUCCCUGUUGUGUUCGUUUUCUCAAAUGACCAGAACUGCGAUUUUAUGGGGAAGCAACGAACCAUGGACGACACAGUUACCGGACAGUCGCGGGAACAAGCAUGGAUUGAUAUAUGGCCCCUUGAGGACCAAGUAAGGGAAGUCGGAAAAAUAUGGUUGACUCGCCGCGAACUCGAUGUAUUUCUUUCUCAAACCUUUGAAGGAAGUCUUCUUCUACCGACAGUUUGGGCUCAAGACACUCGGCAAUUUACUUAUAAGACCAGGGGACAACCCUUCCGAAACGCGUCUUGGAACCCGACCGCGUUCCUGGGGUUAACCCAACAUCGUGGUUGUUGUUGGACUGAGUUUGGGCAGUAUUGUCUUGAAACAUCACCAUGCCUCCUACUCCAUGGGGAUUUCAAUGUCCGACUGACGACUACCUCUAGCAUACGAUGCCAACAGCGGAUAGACACACCUCUGUCUUGUGAGAAAUACUAUCACACAGGCGGUCUUUAUGUUCUGGCCUCCAAAGCCACAGAAUCUUCCAGCUGCCUCAAGAGGGGAGCUUCAAGGAACCGGUAACACAGUCACUCGCGAAAGUGUGUCUGUACCUCAGGUUGAGUGGGCUUGAGGUCACACUGAUGAGGAGCUAGAAAACUCGAGCUUGGAGGCUGGUGUUUCGACCUUCCAUCUGGUUGAUGCCUGCUUGCAAAAGUUGGUCUCCUGCAGAAUCGACCCCUCCAGGUC